AUGGUCGCCUUCGUUGCCGUCCUGCUCGUCCUCUCGGCGGCGCUCUACCUCUCCUACGACGCCUACAUCAAGCGCGUGCACGCACAGCGGGCGCGACAGUUUGCUCUGUGGCAGCGACGGAGCGCAGGGAUCCCCGACAGCGACACCAGGCCCUUUGGUAUCGCUCGUGCCGACGCACUCAAGAAGAUCCAGGAACAACCGGCCGCUCCGGCCGCCCAGCCUCGAGCCAGCCCGCUCAAGCCGGGCUCGCCCGGCGGUACCAGGAAACCCACAGCAUCGCCUCGUCGCGCGGGUCGAUCCUCCCCUCUCAAGAAGCACCCGUCUGAAUCCCCUCUCGCCGUGCCGGGUUACCUUCAGCACCGCAAAAGCAACAAGCCACGCAGCCCCCGCAUUGCUAGAGACGAGCCAAGAUGGCCCGGGGCCUUUGUCGAAGACGACGCCCCAGCAAAGGAGAAGUCCUCGUCUUCGCCGACAAAGAAGGCCAGCACGGCUUUGUCGCCCCACAACCUCAAGCACAAGCGCAGUGACACGGACCCCCGUUCGGGCAGCCCCAAUGCUCGGCAGUCGAAGAAGAAGAGCAAGCAGAUUGCUGAGGACAAACGCGGACGCCGUACCGGCGCUGCUCCCGUAUCCAAGAAGCAGCGCGAUGGGCACAAUGACAACCUCGCCGCCGCCGGCAAGCGGAAGGGCCAGGCGCAGCCGCAGCAGCUCGAUGACGGCAGUGAUAGCGACCUUGACAUGGACGAAUCUUCCCCGCCGCGCGUGGCGGCAGGACUCCGCGGCAAGAAGAGGGACGUCGGCGAGGUAGACAGCGAGGAGAGCGCGGCCGGAGUGUCGACUCGAGCGGUAUACAGCAAGAAGCGCGGCAAGGCGCGCAACUCGCCGGCGUCGAACAGGCCGAAACUCUCUGAUCUCGAGUACCAGCUCGAGGACGAGGAAAUGGCAUCGCUGUCCGACUUUGGCGCCCAUCGGAUCGAGACUGACCGCGAGUCGCUGGUCGACGCGGGUAGCCGACCUCGGACGGGCCAGGUCAAGAGCAAGAACAAGAGCAAGACCAAGGGCAAGGGCAUGAGCAAGAGCAAGAGCAAGGGCCAGGGCAAGCGCGAGGUGGACAUGUCGGAUGACCACGAACCCGGCGACGAGUGGACCGACCUCAAUGGUCUCCAAUGGAGGAUUGGCGAGGACGGCGUCAGGAGGCGCGCGACCGUCGUCGUCGAGAUGCGCCCGAAGUACAACAUGCCCAAGGACUCGCAGCACCCCGACGCCCAGCAAAAGAUCCAGGUGUACGUGGAGCGGUUCCUCUCGGAGCAGGAGUUCGACGAGGCAAAGGCCCAGAAGCGCCUUGGAUUCCAGGAGGCCGAGCGGCAGCUCGAGGCCGAAGCCAAGCGCAAGGCGGCCGAGGAGGCCGCCGCCAGGGCCGCCGAACGCGCGGCUGUGAGCCGAGAAGUCUUCACGCCCAAGAAGCUGCGCAACCCGGACCUUCUCUUUAGCGACGUCGUCCCGCCCGGGGCUGCUCGGUCGGGCGUCGAUCUCAAGCGAUCUGCCGGCACGCCUCCUCGCCAAGGCUCGACGCCUUCGCGUCAAGGCACGCCGACCUCCAUGAUCAUGGCGAACAAGAGGAUCUCUCUGUCGGUCUCCAAGAGCGCCGGACCCAGCCUCAGCAACUCACCUUCUAGCCGCACCGCCUUGGAUGCGGAGAGCAAGCGGAGGCGAGAAGAAGCUUUGAUGAGGAGGCUCCGCGAAGAGAAGGAGGCCAAGGAGGCAGCUGCCAGGCUGAGGGCGCCCGCCAUCGCGGCCCCCUCGCCCAUCGCUCAAAAUUCGACCGGUGCAAGCAGCGGCUCUGCCACCGCAACGCCCAUCUCGGCCUCUGCGAGCUCCAUCUUCCCGGCAACUACCGCAACCACGGCCUCGGGUGCCGACACAGCAAAGCCGGCAGAGUCGACGCCGGCAGGCGUGGAUUCGAAGCCCUCGUUCAGCUUUGGCGCCGCCCCCGCCGUCUCAGCCGCCCCGCCGACACCCCCGAUUGGUGGCGCGACCACCGCAACCGCUACGACCACGCCCGCCCCUGCAACGGCUCCCAGCUUCUCCUUUGGCGAGCCCAAGACUGAGGGUACUGCCAACACGCCCAGCUCGUCGAGCCCCGCCUUCGGUGCCGGAGCAAGCGAUGCCGCACCCAAGCCUGCUGGCUCGGCGGCCACCUCCACUCCGGCUUUCACGUUCGGUGCGCCCGCAACCAGUGGCGGCAGCAAGCCUGCAGCUAGCUCGACCUUCACCUUCGGAUCGUCCAGCGCUACGGCGCCCGCCGCGAACGGACCGGGUGUCUUCACCUUUGGUGCGUCCUCGAACGGCAACCAGUCGGGCUCGGCUGCCCCGUCGCCCGGCGGCUUCACCUUUUCGAUCGGCAAGAAGUGA